AAAAAAAAAAAAUUCCUUUAAAAUGCAUAAAGUUAAAUCUGUUCAAUCUCGAUCAACCUUAAACAAAUUUCUAAAACAAUUAAGAAAUAGAAGAAUGAUAUGUUCGCCCCCUCAUGUAAACAAUGCGAAGACACUUGCAGAUCAAGCAAGAAAUGGAACAAGUUUUCAAAUGUUGAGCGGAAAAGAUUUAUUAAAGCAAAAUGUGAUACGCGAAGUUCAUCGUUUAAAAUUAAAAUAUAAUGCACUUUUAAUUGAUUUAGCAACAAAUGAAAUUUGGUCACAUUUAACACAAUGCAAAAGACGACAAUUCGAAAAUCUUGCAAUCAUUGCAAAUAAUAUAAAUAUUAUUAUUCAAAUACCCGAACAAGAAAUAACAGAUAAUCCUUUAGGGAAUGAUUUCUUUAAUGGAACAAACUUUCAUAAAAAUAAUAAUAAUCUCGAUCCUUUAUUUUAUCAGAAUUCGUUCUUUUAA